AUGGAGAACAACACUGCUGAGGGGGAAAUCCUUUCUGGCACGAGAAGCUGGAUGGAUUUCAUCAACAUAUGCUGGCCUUACAUUGUGCGGAAUAAGAUUCUGUUUUCAAAUCAAGGGGCUGUUAUCCUCGGCGUUGCCCUGGGCUGGACUCUCAAGUCCUAUGGCCUGGUGGACAGCAACAUCCAACUCUACGUCGGCUUUCCAGGAGUGAUACUCAUGCGGAUGCUUCAGGUGGAUACCGUUCCUCUUAUCGUUACAAGUGUGAUAAUGGGGGUUUCUGGUCUAAGCGUUCAUUCUUCCAGGAAAAUCGCUCUACGUACUGCAGCGUAUAUCGUCUGCACUACACUUACAGCUGUGAUUAUAGUACCACCCAACGUCCAUCUCCCUGUCUCCUCUAGGCAGUUACCCCCCCGCGCUCCACUGUCCACGAUCCGUAGAGGGACACAGCGGGAGUGA